AACCCGUAUGCGUUUCGUCGUUUCCGUUUCGCCUUUUACAAAUUUCUUUCUUUUCAAAUCAAAAUUUCAAUCAACGGAAAUAACGAUGUUAUUAUAAUUUGCCUUUUGGACUCAUUGCAAGGACUUUACUGUUAUUUAAACGAUUUCACUGGAAACACUGGCUUUUCAUCGAUAACAGAAUAUCAAAUGACAUUGGCAUCAAAGAAUUGGUUGCAUCGAGGUACAGCAUCUUUUAAAGACUGGAAGGAAAUGUUCUUCGUAGAAUGGAUCUUUGGUGUCUUACAGGAAAAUAGUUCUUUGGAGCCGAGACAAUUUGUAAUAGGCAGCAGCAGGUCUCUUCUUCUUCUUCAAGGACUUGAAUGCUUAGGAGAAGAUUUUCAUUUGUCAUUCUAACAAAACUGGACAAACAUAUUCUGUCUGUGUGUCUGUGUGAAAGACCUUGCAGCAUCUUCAAACAUUGGCAAUGAUCACAAUUGAUAAGAAUCCUUCAGGCGCCCAUACCAGAUGAUUCUUCUCUGCUAUGUGUCUGAUAUAUAUUUGUGGUUUUAUGCAGCAAGCAUUUAUAUGUGUAGACCUGUGAAGGCCAAUAUCACAAUAUUCAACAUUCUAACAAGACAGCUACAUUAAGUUGGGUGUAAAGAUUGCCUUUUGGUACUAAAACUGGUUGUGUUGCAAAUAAUUAUAUUUUGAAAAGAAAUAUAUUUAUUAGGAUCAGUAUAUAAAAAGAACGGAAACAAGGAAAACACCUGUAAAUUGUAGAAAAGAGAAGGGAAAUUAUGGAAGGAAAAUUAUGUAAUAACACGUCUGAAAAGACUGAUGUUGUUUGUGAAUUAAAGGAAGAGGAAGGAGAAUCAUCGUACCAGUGUGAUGUCUGUGAUGAAGCAUUCUCUGAAGGAGAUAGCUUGACUAAGCACAAAUGUAUUCAUGCAGGAGACAGGCCAUUUUCCUGUGAUAUCUGUGGAAAAUCGUUCCAUCGAAAUUAUCACUUAACAAGACACAAACGCAUUCAUACAGGUGAGAAGCCAUACUGCUGUGAUGUCUGUGGAAAAUCAUUCCAUGAAUCUGUUCAUUUAACUAAUCACAGACGUAUUCAUACAGGUGAGAAACCAUAUCGCUGUGACAUUUGCGGCACAUCUUUCUCUGUAAGCGGUAAUUUGACUAAACACAAGCGUACACAUACAGGUGAGAAGCCAUACCGUUGUGACACCUGUGGUAAAUCAUUUACCCAAUAUACUGUCUUAGUGAAACACAGACGUACUCAUACAGGUGAGAAACCAUAUUGCUGUGAUGUGUGUGGUACAUCAUUCUCUGAAAAUGGCGUUUUAACUAAACACAAACGCACUCAUACAGGUGAGAAGCCAUAUCGUUGUGAUAUCUGUGGUAUAUCUUUCUCCACAGGUAACCACUUGACUAUUCACAAACGUAUUCAUACUGGGGAAAAGCCAUAUCGCUGUGACAUCUGUGGUAAAUUAUUCUCUCAGAAAGGUAAUUUGGUUAAACACGAACGUACCCAUACAGGUGAGAAGCCAUAUCGUUGUGACACCUGUGGUAAAUCCUUUUCCGACAGCAGUUAUUUCAGUAAACACAAACAAAUUCAUUCAGGGGAGAAGCCCUUUCAUUGUGACACCUGUGGCUCAUCAUUCUCCCUAAGUAGUAACCUGACAAAACACAGACGUGUUCAUACAGGUGAGAAGCCAUACCAUUGCAAUACCUGUGGUAAAUCAUUCUCUCGAAGGAGAAGUAAACAUUUGUGCAUUCCUAACUAACGAUAUUCUGCCACUGUUUGACAUAGAUUUUCUUUAUAUAAAGAGGUUGAUGUAUUGAUGAACACUCCUUAUAAAUAUGUCAUCUUCCUUUAGUCAAUAAAAGUUGAUAAAAAUAUUGAUAUUUUUUGUUUAUUCCAUGCCUGUCAUGAAAGAUAGGCAUCUUGAUCAGGACAGUUUUGUACAAUUUUUCGCA